GGCCGCCCCCCGGCCCCGCCCCGGCCCCGCCCCGCGCGCUCCGACCGCGGGCGACCAGCGGGGCGGGCUGGCGAGCCGGCUGUAUCCCCAUCCUCUCGGGCGCGCACGAGCGGCUCGGGCGGAGCGGCAGGCCGGCCAUGGCCACCACCAGCACCGCCAGCACCACCAGCACCACGGGCUCCACCCUGCUGCAGCCCCUCAGCAACGCCGUGCGGCUGCCCAUCGACCAGGUCAACUUUGUAGUGUGCCAACUCUUUGCCUUGCUAGCAGCCAUUUGGUUUCGAACUUACCUACAUUCAAGCAAAACUAGCUCUUUUAUAAGACAUGUCGUUGCUACCCUUUUGGGCCUUUAUCUUGCACUUUUUUGCUUUGGAUGGUAUGCCUUACAUUUUCUUGUACAGAGUGGAAUUUCCUACUGUAUCAUGGUCAUAAUAGGAGUGGAGAACAUGCACAAAUACUGUUUCGUGUUUGCUUUGGGAUACCUCACAGUAUGCCAAAUCACUAGAGUCUAUAUCUUUGAUUAUGGACAGUAUUCUGCUGAUUUUUCAGGCCCAAUGAUGAUAAUUACCCAGAAGAUCACUAGUUUGGCUUAUGAAAUUCAUGAUGGGAUGUUUCGGAAGGAUGAAGAGCUGACUCCGUCACAGAGGGGAUUAGCAGUCAGGCGCAUGCCCAGCCUUCUGGAGUAUUUAAGUUACAACUGUAACUUCAUGGGUAUCCUGGCAGGCCCUCUCUGCUCUUACAAAGACUACAUCACUUUCAUCGAAGGCAGAUCGUACCAUAUGACGCAGUCAGGUGAAAAUGGGAAAGAAGAGAUACAGUACGAAAGGACAGAGCCAUCACCAAAUGUCGCAGUUAUUCAGAAACUCUUAGUCUGUGGACUUUCCUUACUGUUCCACUUGAUCAUCUCUAAGAUGUUACCUGUGGAGUACAACAUUGAUGAGCAUUUUCAGGCCACAGCUUCAUGGCCGACCAAGGUGAUCUAUCUCUACGUCUCUCUUUUGGCCGCCAGACCCAAGUACUAUUUUGCAUGGACGUUAGCCGACGCCAUCAACAAUGCGGCAGGCUUUGGAUUCAGAGGGUAUGACAAAAAUGGAGCUGCCCGUUGGGACCUCAUUUCCAAUCUGAGGAUCAAGCAAAUAGAGAUGUCAACAAGUUUCAAGAUGUUUCUCGAUAACUGGAAUAUUCAGACAGCUCUCUGGCUCAAAAGGGUGUGUUAUGAACGUGCCUCCUUCAGUCCCACCACCCAGACCUUCUUCCUGUCUGCCAUCUGGCACGGGGUGUACCCGGGCUAUUACCUGACCUUUCUCACCGGAAUGCUGAUGACGCUGGUGGCGCGAGCUGUGAGAAAUAACUUUAGACAUUAUUUCAUCGAACCUCCCCAGCUGAAAUUUUUGUACGAUGUUAUAACAUGGAUAGCAACUCAGAUAGCAAUAAGUUACACAGUUGUGCCAUUUGUACUUCUUUCUGUAAAAGCUUCACUCAUGUUUUACAGCUCCUGGUAUUACAGCCUUCACUUUGCUUGUAUCUUAGUAUUAUUGUUGUUGCCGGUGAAAAAAACUCAGAAAGGAAAGAGUACACAUGAAAACGUUCAGCUGUCACGAUCCAAAAAGUUGGAUGAAAGAGACAAUUCUUUGGGACAGAAUAGUUUUUUCACAACAAACAGUGUUUGCAAUCAGAAUCAAGAAAUAACUUCUAGACAUUCAUCAUUAAAGCAAUGAUGAGGAAAGCACUCUGAUGGCUAUUUUCUGUAUGUUAAGGGGAACCAAUCUUAGCACCUUUCAAGGGGUCUGUGUCUGUUGGGGAAGGGAUCACAUGGGGGGACAUCGGCCGGUUUUAGGUAGGCAAUUCCCUGUAUACCAGCUUGGAAAUGGAGCGAAAUACCCCUCCCACGCCAUGUCUGGUGGGCCACGCCUUAUUGAAAAAUAUUUCCAUUAUUUCAGUGGGCACUCAGGACCUCAGCAUAUGUCCGUAGGGUCGUAUGUGUGCCCUGUUGCUGAAUGUACACUGUGUGUCCCAAGGCACUGAGAGAGGGAAAAAUAAUCGUGUCACUCCGGAUGACUGAGAAAACUUAACUUCUCCAAAUGAAUGUCUUGCCUUAAACCCUCUAUUUCCUAAACUGUUGUUUCCUAAAUGGUCUUUUCAAGUGUGGCAUUGUGUGAACGCUCUUUCACUAUUUGCUGUUGUGUGCUGCACAGGAAUUCCAGAAGAAUUUGAACAGGAUUAUUUAAGAUUGUGGAUACUUUAAAAUGCAAUAAACAUCGCAGUAUUUGAAGGGUUUUCCUAAAGUUUCUCAGAUGACUACAGUAUGUAGCAGAACUGUAAGCAGUGGCGGAUGCCAAAUUGUAGGUAGUUUAUUUUCCUGGAGAAUUUGAUCACCCUGUGUCAGACAGAGAACCCUCAAGGAAGGAUUCCUUAAACAUAAUAAAAGGUUAGUGAUGUGAUAUUUUAAGCUUAUUCUUCUUCUUCAAAAAAGAGAGAAGAUGACAAACGAAAGAAGGAAGGCGUGAAUGAAGCGCUGCACCUGGGCCGUGGCACCUGUGUUCACACACACGCCUGCAUGUGGCAGGGGUCUGAGGCUCAGUGGAAGUGCUCUUCACCCCUCUUUACCUGAGUUCUGUGUGAUCUUGUAACACAUAAAAGUUUAAUAACUUUAUAAUCACGUUAGAUUUUUAGGAAAUGUAUCAAACAUAAAUUAUAUAGAAUUAUAAAAGGAUAAUGAAAGUAAUAGCGGGAGAUUUCUUAAAGGCUUUGAAAGAGGCAUCAUUGAGUGAAAUUACUGUCUAGCGAAUCACUUUUUUAAUCCUCAAACAGUUGAAUUCGUAUUUGGUUACGUUUUAGGAAAACGGAAACUUCAAAGCCAUUGGGUCUGAGCCACCUUUGUAGAGAACAGUAUAAAUUAAUUUCCAAACUCGUUUAACUUCUCUCGUGAACAUUUUACCGUUAACUCUCGUUAACGAGUUUCAGAUUCUUAAAGCAGAAAAUGUGCUUUUUAUCUUACAGGCCAUUUUCACCAUAAUUCAUUUUGCCUUCAGUGGCUGGGUUCCUCCUUUGAUCCCACAGUCUUAUGAUGCUUCAGCAAUGAAAGCAGAGGAGAGGGGUGUGGUGCCAGCUUGGUAUCAGGGUUCCGGUGGCCCAGGGUGAUGAAUGAUGGGCCGACAGGGAGAAGGAUGGGCAGGGUCUUCUGACUUCACUUUUCUGUGACCCUUCUUUUGUGGAAUUUAUUUUGUUUUUUGCCUUAAAUUUUUAAAUGAAAUGCAAAUUGUCUAUCUAUGAUGAGUCUCUUUUUUUUUUCCCUUGUCAUUAAUAAAUUUGCAAAUGAAAGUUAAUGACAGAACAACUCUUUGGCUUAAGCUGUGUAGUAUUUCAUUUCAAGACUAAAGGAAAAGGAAAUGUGCUUGGAACUUCUGAAGUCUAAUCAGCAAAAAUACCUUCCCAGAACUUUAGCAAUAACCUUGUCUUUGUUGAUAUGAAAUGUUUUUACUUUUCUAAAGGUAAUUUUUUUUCCACACCUGAUAAGGUUAGUUAGCCAUGCCCUGUUACCUCCUAAGAAAGGAUGGAUGGCUAAAUAAAUUUCUGUUUUCCCACAGACUUGAGUUUAAGUGAACUGUGGAAUUUGAGAGGCUAGAAAAGAGUAAUCGUGGAAAGUAUCUGCUCCCCCCGCCCUAACCCCAUACCAUGCCUCCUCCAUUUAAUGCUGCAGAGAAUCUGAUCACUAUUUAAAAAACACAGAGAGAGUAAAAGACAAGUCUAGAUAUGUUCUUGCCUGGAGAAUCCCAGGGACGGCGGAGCCUGGUGGGCUGCCGUCUAUGGGGUCGCACAGAGUUGGACACAACUGAAGCAACUUAGCAGCAGCAGCAGGCAUGUCAUAAAUGAAAACAAGAAAGUGUAAUAAAAGCUUUUUUUGUUCAGCCUGCCUAGCCAUUAACAAAUAAUCAUGAUUUAGUUCUAUUAUCUGAUUAUAUUUAAUUUCUCAGCCUGUAAUGGACAGGGUGGCCUGGUAUGCUGCGAUUCAUGGGGUCGCAAAGAGUCAGACACUACUGAGUGACUGAACUGAACUGAAACCUGUUAUCACUCUUAGCUAUUUUUUUGCUCAGUGAAUGUUAUCAUAGCACUACCAUCUAGAAAGCAAGGAGGUUGAUGAAUUUUCCAAUUACUUUGAAGAUACUACAUCAUAUACAUAUAUACAGUUCUACUGAUUUCCAUCCCCCUGGAUUAUCUAGAUUUUUGUUUCUGUAUGACAUGGGUUUUUGAAUAGCUUUCUUUAAUUUUGGAGAACUUGUAAGUAUGCAAUCUAGAAGACAAACUAAAGAAUUCUGAUUCUUAGCUUGACCUUCCUCGAGAAGAGACUUUUUCUGCUCUAUAAAUUGAAUAUAUCUACUUGAAGUAUUGUAAGGGUUAAUACUUUACUUCUAAUUAUGGUAGAAGAAUUGAAAACUGGUAUAUCUCUACUAUGUUAAAGGGAUUCAUUGUAAUAUAUGAUUGCUUCUUUUUUAAUCAAGAGGAUUCAGUUCAUAUUUAUAUUAUUUCUUCAUUCUUCAAUUAUCAUGAAACCACUCCAGUUAUAUUUUUGGUUAUUAUUUUACUACUCAGGGAAAAAAUGAACAAAAUAAUUCUUUUUCCCACAGUUUUAUUUUUUGAAACCAUAGCAGUUAAUUUAUUUUGAUGUAUCUCACCUGUCACCAUUUUACAAAUGGCUUUUUCUUAGUUUUUAAAAUAAACAUUUUUAAUCGGAGCUCAGGGUAAUUGAAGAAAUUUAUUUAGCUUCUAAAAUACCCAGUAUAAUAGAGGAGGUUUAUUUGGCUUCCAAAAUGUCCAGCCGCCACUUAUGCCUCCACCAUGCUUUUGGUUAAAAAAGUAUUUUUGUUAAUUGAUUCCCACUAUGUGAAAUUCACAUACAGGAUUUCCACAGAUACCAGGUUUGAGGGGAAAAAAUCGCAGUAUUAAAGAAUGGUUUUUAAAUAUGAAGGUAAGGGAUUUCCCUGGUGGUCCAGUGGUUAGGAUGCCGAGCUUCCAAUGCAGGGGGCACGGGUCUGAUCCCUGGUUGGAGAACUAAAGAUCCUGCAGCUGUGUGGCACGGCCAAAAAUAAAAUAGAAAAGUUAAACUUUUAUAUAUAUGUGUGUGUGUGUAUAUAUAUAUAUAUAUGUACAUAUACAUAUAUAAAUCAAAAAUGGAGGUAACCCACACCAAAGCACUGAUUGUCCUGGGAGGAGACCUGGGCAUUCAUCAGACACUGUCAUUAGGGAGCUUUGUGACUUGGACAUGUGACCUGCCCUCCAGAGGAAAUUUCCUUAAGAAUCCCAGAGGGUGAGUUCCCAAAGUUUAUGAGCAGUUGUGUUUGUAACGAUUGGAAACCAUUUGCAGCAUCUGUAAGAGUCAUCAUCAGGAUUGUCUUCAUGGUCAUUUACUUUGACGACUUGAGCUCAAAGCCCUGACUUUUCAAAAGGUUUUUGAGGCAACAGAGGAAAACCUUACAAUCCAUUAACUCAGAAGGCAUGGCAGCAUUCCAUUUCUACUGAAUACAGCCCUUAAAAUGAAGCUUUCAUAAUGAAAUAAUGUCCACUGAAGAAAGUAUUUUCUCUUUUUGCUUUCUGUGCUUUUUUGGUUUCUGUCUGUGCUAUGUACAGUUGAAGAAGAUACGUGCUAAAAAAUAUUUUAUAUGAAUUGACAGUUUUAUUGGACAGGGUUUAUCAACUUCUCAAAUAUUAUUUCAUUUAAGGAAAACUUAGUUAUACCUUAUUCUAAACUACAGAAAAUAAUUACUUUAAAAUGUUGCCAUUAAAAUAAUCCUAAAAUGUAUACUUUUAUUCAAGGACUAGAUGACAUAUAGGACAAGAAUCUUUCCUGUUUAAAAUGUAUACCUUGUAAAUUUCAUUUGUAAAUUCAUGACCACCUCUGGCCAUUUAUGCUUUUUUUGUUUCCUUAUUUUAAGUUGUCCUAAAUUACUAGCUUAUUGAUUUGAAGAGUUCUGCAUUUUAGUUGAAAGAAAAAAAUUACUUGAGAGAAUAAUUGUUUCAGAAUGGUGCCUCUUAUUACUGUGUCAGCGAAGCAUUUGUCCCAAGUUUUAGAUAUAAACCAGUAUUUUGUGGAGUUUUAUUCAGCCACUAAUAGUCCAUCCUGGCUGAAGUUGAAUAUACCAAAUUUGACAGAGGUGCAGAAUUAUUUCUAAAUAACACUGUGAAAUGUAAUCCUAACUGCCCUCGGCGACCUAAUAAAGCUACACUUAACCCGGUGUGCAUUUAACAAACACCCGCUCGUUUAUACACUUAGGUGAGAUGCUGAAGUCCUGCUUCUAUAGCCCUUCCUUGUAAAAGGGCUAGUGUAACAGGGCACACUCCUUAUCGGGAAGAGGAAGAUUGGCAUUAAAAAAAAGAAAUGCCACUCUGAAAUGCGGAUUUGCAAGACUAGGAUGCAGAGGGUCUCUAUGGUGUUUUUCUUCAGCACCACGUAGACAAAUCUAUUUAUAGUAAUUUAUUACAGAAGAAAAUUUUAAAUGACAUUUUCCACAUUGGCAUUUUGUAGGACUGCUCUUAGAGUCAACGACUAAGCUGCUUUUUCAGGCUCUUGUACAGAGUGUGCAGCCAAUUACAUUUUACUUGGUGGGCUGCUUAAUAAUGUUUUUAUAUAUUUUCAAAUAAUAUUUAUUUUAAGAGGUUUUUAACAUUAUGCAAACCCCAGUAAAGAACUGACUCCACAGGUCAUUGAUUGAGAAGGCUUUCUGAAAUGGAGCCUAAAGACACAUUUUUAUGCCAACUAAUUUGUCUUGCCUUUAAAACAUUUUAACUGUCUUCUUUCAGUACAUCUUUUGUAAAGCAAAGAAAUAAAAAACCCUGAGACAUUAUGUUCUAUGAAUGACAGUAUAAAGAUCCAUGCAAAAUGACUAGCUAAAGCUUACUCGGUGAUGCAUAACCAUCCCUCCAGUCACAUUUUAUCAGAUUUUGCUACUAUAAAAAGAAACGGAAAUAAUAAUGGAAAACCAAAAGUUACAGAGCACCAUCAGUGGAAUAACUAACCAUUUUCUUCAUAACACAUUUGAAAUGGAAAAAGUGACUGGCUGCCUUUUACUGGAGUCAUAAAUGACUGUAUCCUGCCCAGUCUCUGUGCUGGAGUUACUUUGAGAAGUUGAUCUGUUAAUAUUCCUCUUUGUUUUUUCAUACUCAAGGGCAAACACAUGUAAAGAAUUCCAGAUAUGCUUCUUUUAUGAUAUUAAGUAUUUCUGGUUCUGUAUCUACGGGUUUGUCAUCAAAGUACAUUUGCUCCUGACUUUUUAUUACAGGACAGAGGAAUCAAGUGUCUAGCACACACUUGCUCCAUCUCCAGUCACCUGUACACAGCUGUCUCCCCAGACCUGCAGGAGCAUGAUGGAAAGCAAUAGGGAUGAAAGUAAAAAUAAUUGUGGCGAAACAAGAGAAACCCUCCUCCGUAGAGUGUGGAAAUGUGUGAUUUCAUUCCUGCCUUCCUUUAAAGGUUGCAUCUUGAUGUCUGUGUAGGAGUAGUUGAACAUUGUCACCCCAACACGAGGGGCUCCGAGCUCCAGCAGCUGGUAUUCAAAGCCCUUCACUUGCCAUCCCUGGGGGAGAACAAAUAGAUCGUGGUGUUCUGUGCUUUAUGUUUUUAUGAUUCCAAAAUAUUUUUUUAAAGAAGUGUUAUUUUUUGACAGAUCCAUGAACCUAGUUCCUGUUGUCUGGUAAAUGAAAACUACCACUGUGUCCGUUACACUGUGACGUGAUGUUUCAUAACCACACAUUUCUAGUCUGCGUCCCAAGAGCUGCCCUGGUAGCUUAUUGAUGGGUUUCAAAGAUGUUUUUAACUGAACAUCUAAAUGUUUUUUUUCUAAUUUGUGUGUCUUUAAAAAUGAUUAAACAGUAGUUUAAAAUAUA